AGGAUAAAUGUGUUAAUUUGAAGACAUAUUUGUAUUACAGAACAAAGUAGAGAGAAAAAAAUGGAAGAAUAUAUUAAGCGAUUCACAUCGUCAUGGUCGUCGUCGUGUGCGUGUAAUAGAGAAAGGUCCACUUAUGACUUGCCCCUUCGUAUGCACACAAUCUCAUCUCGUCCUUUCCAAAUACAAUUUUGUCUCUUUCUCAUGAACGUUUUUUUGGUCUAUUUCAAGUCCAGGUGGGAUUUGCACUAUUUUUUAUAUCAUUUUCCAACCUUUUUAAAGUAUAUAUCGAACCAGUUUAUUUGUUCUUCUUUUUCAUUGACAUCAUGAAAAACAACAUAAGAAAAUAAUAUAAAAAUGAUAAUUAUUGGUACAUUCGGGGAUCUCAAUUUCCUCUAGGCGGCCUUUUGAUUUUUUCAGCACAUGAGAAAUAAAACUAAUGAAAAAAUUAAUUGUUAUUAUUCUUGUGAACAUUCUCAAAGAUAUUUGCAGCAAAAAGUGAUGGAGGACACGUAGGGCCAAAGGAACAGACAGAUGGUGUGUGGUAAGCAACUGUAGUCUCUCUCAUCCUCCAUGUCCUAAACCCAUGUCUCCAUACACUUUCCCUUCAAAACUCAUUUUUCUCUUCUGAUCCCUCCUUUAAAUAUACCCUCUCUCUACCUUGUUUCUUACAUGCAUUGAUCAUUAACAUGAAGAGGGACAGAAAGAAACAGAAACUAGAGGAAGAGGAGAGGAACAUAGAGGUGGUGGUGGUGGAGCAAGUUGAUGCAUUGGCUGCAGCAGCGACGGUGGCUGCAGCUGCGGCUGUGGAAGAGGAGGAGGGGUUGUGGGGUAUGUGGCUCAAGGAAGGAGACGUUGUGGUCGACGAGCUGAUGACAUGGAGCACCGUGUUGCCUUCAUGUUGGGAUGUGGAGUUUGUUGAGAAAAACUAUGGAGUUUUGUUCGAAGAUGUUGUGUGGGAUGAUGAUCUUUGGAAUUUGAACACUUCGACUCAGCUUCCACCUUUAGAUAAUAACACAAGACAAGAUUGAAGUCUGGUGAUUCGAGGUUUUUCAAUCGGUUCGAUUUUUCGGUUUUAGUAUGGACCAUAUAUCGUAAUCAAAAUUUAUAAUUUGUUUGAUUUGGUAUGGUUUUAAGUUUAAAUCAUGAGUUUUUCUAUACAUAUAUUCUUAUCUUGAGGAUUUUCUUAUAAAGAAAAUUCAAGCUGGUUUGGAGUUUGA